AUGAGCCUAUCAAAAUCUGAGAGACAAUCGAUUAUAUUAAAUGAUGCAAGAGGAAUUCAGCAUCCAUUAUAUUAUGUAUCAACAAGUAAAGAUGGAAAAAUUUAUGUAAGAAAAAGACGAGUUCCAUUAACGAAUUCGGAAACUGAUAAAAUUGAUAUUAAACCUCCUCCAUCUAAAACAAAAGCGGAAGACAGCGAGGCUGUCAGGGCAAAGCCCACGAUAAAGGAAACGGAACCUAAACCAGAACCUAAACCAGAACCUAAACCAGGAGGACUCAGAGAGUCCAUCUUGGCGCAGAGCGCCGAAAUCAAACCCGAUGUACUUUCGAUAACGAAUCAAGAAUUAAUAGCUAAAUUUGUAAAUUUCAUUGAAAAGCAAACGGAAUCAAAAAAUCCAGACCCACCAGUAAAAGAGCAGGAAACCAAAAUUAAUGAGGAGUUUGUGAAAAACGUAAAACAUGAAAUUAUUGAACAAAAGAAACAAAUUCCUCAACUAAGAAGAAGAGUUAGAAUAUUAAACUAA